AUUUACAAGUUAUUUAUUGUAAAUGUUCAAUGUAAUAUACUAUAUAUAACAUUAAGAUUAAAAUAUCCAACCAGGUCAUUUUGGUUUUAAAGCAAAAAACAAAAUGAUCUUUAAACAUGAACUCAGAGUAAAUGCUUUACUUUCUAGCAAUGGGAGGAAGAAAGUCUAAACCUGCAGAUACAUCUCCACUUCUUGAUACGCCAUGGAGAAACAUAAACUGGGAAGACAAACAGGGUGCUUUGCGGUUUGUCAACAACUACAAACCCCAACCUGAAAACCGGCAGCUGAGGAUUUUACUUCAUGGUCUGGUUGGAGCUGGAAAGUCCAGUUUCAUCAACUCUGUCCGCAGCGUGUUAGAAGGCAGAAUGUGCAGACAGGCUAGGGUGGAUAACAUCGCUUCUACCAUCAGUUGCACCAAAUCGUACACAACCCACAGGAUCCAGGGCACCUUUUACCCGUUUGUCCUCAAUGACAUGGCAGGCCUGGGACACACCAGCUUCAAAAACAGAAGAAAUCACAUGAAAGACGUCAAACGGGUGAUGAAGGGACAUGUGAGAGACGGUUACACGUUUAAUCUUGAACGUAAGAUAUCAAAGGAGGAUCGAUACUACAACGCAGAUCCAACUGCCGACGACAAAGUGAACAUUCUGGUUUGUGUCAUUGAUGCCAGCACAGUGUCUCUGAUGAAAAAAGAUGAUGUAGAAGCAAUACAGCACAUCAGGGAGGAGGCCAGUGAUCUGGGAAUUCCUCAAGUGGCCGUCCUCACCAAAAUUGAUGCAGCUUGUCCUGAAAUCAAACAAGAUGUAAAGAACGUCUACAGGAGCAGGAAACUGAAGUUAUUGAUGGAGCAGUUCAGUGCAGACGUGGGUUUUCCCAUGAACUGCAUCUUCCCUGUGAAGAACUACCAUGAAAAAACCGACUUCGACAACGACACUGACUCACUGAUCCUGAACACACUGAAGCUCAUCCUCGACUCCGGAGAAGAGAUGCAACAACAAUAAGACGAUGCAUAAUGUUCAGAGAGCCAUCCAUCAUCUAUAACCACGUAUUCUGCGUUGGGAUAUCAUUCUAUGACAUUCAGUAGAUCUUUGUAUUUCUGUUUGCAGCUUUUUUUUAAACGUAUACCCUACCUACAUUCAUUACUGAAUGAAUAUUGAAUGAAUUCAUUACUACACAUUACUUCAUUUGCUGUAUUACACGCUGUUAAUUAUUCAAAUAAACAAACCAUCACAACUUUA